UAAGAGCAUCAGUGAGGGGAGCGGGGGGGGGGUUUGUUGGUGGGGAGAAGGAGUCGUCGUGUUUACAAGGAGGUUCCGAAUACACCUUCCCCGCAACUUGCCAGCUAUUAACCAAACUUGGACAACCAAAGUUUUCCUAAAUUUGGGUUUCUGCAGGCCGCGCUUGAGUCUGGCUCAUUGUACUGUCCUCACUCGGGUCUCCCCACUUUUCCCACGCCAGGUCCAGCCAUGGAGCUGCGCUCGGAGCUACCCAGCGUGCCGGGCGCGGCGACAGCAGCGGCCACAGCGACGGGACCUCCCGUGGCAUCAGUGGCGUCGGUGGCCGCGGCGGCGGCGGCCGCAGCCUCGCUACCGGUGAGCGUGGCCGGGGGCUUGCUGCGGGCGCCUCCCCUGCUGUUGAGGGCCGCGGAGAAGUACCCGCGGACCCCCAAGUGCGCGCGCUGCCGCAACCACGGCGUGGUGUCGGCGCUCAAGGGCCACAAGCGCUACUGCCGCUGGAAGGACUGCCUGUGCGCCAAGUGCACGCUCAUCGCCGAGCGCCAGCGCGUCAUGGCUGCCCAGGUGGCGUUGCGCAGGCAGCAGGCGCAGGAGGAGAACGAGGCGCGCGAGCUGCAGCUGCUGUACGGCACUGCCGAGGGCCUGGCGCUGGCCGCCGCCAACGGCAUCAUCCCACCGCGGCCCGCCUAUGAAGUCUUUGGCUCCGUGUGCGCCACCGACGGCGGGGGGCCCGGAGCUGGAGCGCCCGCGGGGAGUGCAGGGGGCGCAGGGGGCGCAGGUGAGAGCGGGGCCAAGUUGCAGAAGUUCGAUCUGUUUCCCAAGACGCUGCUUCAGGCCGGCCGCCCCGACAGUCCGCAGCCACAGCCAGUGAAGCCCUUGUCGCCCGACGGCGCAGACUCGGGUCCCGGGACCUCGUCCCCAGAGGUGCGGCCGGGUUCAGGCUCGGAGAACGGAGACGGCGAAUCCUUUUCAGGGUCGCCUCUGGCCCGGGCCUCCAAGGAGGCAGGCGGCAGCUGUCCCGGGAGCGCGGGCCCGGGCGGUGGCGGCGAGGAGGACAGCCCUGGCUCCUCCAGCCCCCUGGGUUCCGAAUCGGGUUCGGAGGCUGACAAAGAAGAGGCGGAGGCCGCACCGACUCCGGGGCUGAGCGGCGGCCCCGGGCCGCGGCAGCGGACGCCGCUGGACAUCUUGACGCGCGUCUUCCCGGGCCACCGGAGAGGCGUCCUGGAGCUGGUGCUGCAGGGCUGCGGCGGCGACGUGGUGCAGGCCAUCGAGCAGGUGCUGAACCACCACCGCGGAGGCCUGGCGGCCGGCCUGGGCCCCGGCGCGCCGCUGGAGAAGGCCACGGUGAGCGCGGCCGUCGCGGUGGACGACGCGUGGCCCGGGCGCGUGGACGCCGCGGCCGCCGGGGGUCCCGGGCUGCCCGCUCCCCUGCAGACCGGGCCGGCCGCGCCCCCGCACCACAGACCCUUGCUGGCCGGGGCCAUGACGCCGGGCGCGCUGGGCUCGCUCGGCAGCCGCUCCGCCUUCUCGCCGCUGCAGCCCAACGCCAGCCACUUCGGCGCGGAAGCGGGCGCCUACCCGCUGGGCGCGCCGCUCGGCCUGAGCCCGCUGCGCCUGGCCUACUCGGCGGCGGCGGCCCACAGCCGCGGCCUGGCCUUCAUGGCGCCCUACUCCACCGCCGGCCUGGUGCCCACGCUCGGCUUCCGGCCGCCCAUGGACUACGCCUUCAGCGACCUCAUGCGCGACCGCUCGGCCGCCGCCGCCGCCGCGGUGCACAAGGAGCCGGGCUACGGGAGCGGGCUGUACGGGCCCAUGGUCAAUGGCACCCCCGAGAAGCAGUAGGACACGGGGCCCCCCCGCAGCCCGGCGGCCCCCAAACACUGACCCAGCCUGCUGCCCAGCCCCCCCGCCCCUCCUCGCCCUGCCCCGCGCCCUCCGCUCAGAGUUGGCCUUGGGGAUUUGUUUUGAGGGGUGGGUGGGAGCACCUCGGCUAACCGCGCAGGUGUUCUCAGAGGGGCCUGGUGGUCGGGGUGCUCGUCCAGCCUCGGGCCACCUCCCCCCAGGCCCGCUCCCCCUGUGCCCCAAAGGCCGGGGAUGUCUAAGAAUCCCGAGGCCGGCUGCGGCCGCGCCUGCCCCUGCUGCUCCCUCUGCUCCGCUCGCCUUGCCAGCCCGCGCUCAAGGUGGAUGGCAGGACAAAUCAGCCUCUCGUGUGUGUCCUCCAGUCCCCACUCCCCUUUCAUAAAAAAAAAAAAAAAAAAAAAUCCGCUCUAACAAAUAUAAAUUUAGGAUGUAUACAUC